UGCAUAGCAUAGCCAUUCAAAGCAGUAUGCUACAGUGAAGCACACACACAGCCCAAGUAGUGAAGCAGCACACAGUUAACCCUUUGAUCGCCCCAGAUGUUAACCCCUUCCUGCCCAGUGCCAUUAUGCUUUUUUUAGCACUGAUCACUGUAUUGGUGUCACUGUGGAGGUCAGUGACAACAAGUCAGUUCCCCCAGUGUCAGAAUGCCCGCCGCGGUCCCACUAUAAGUCGCUUAUUGCAGCCAUUACUAGUAAAAAAUCCAAUAUCUAUACCGCAA